AACGAGGUGCAGAACAUCAAGUUCAACAGCUCGGGGCAGUGCGAGGCGCCGCUGGUGAGGACGGACAACCCCAAGAGCUGGUACGAGGACGUGGAGGGUUGUGGCAUCCAGUGCCAGAACCCGCUCUUCACCGAGAAGGAGCACCGUGAGAUGCACGUCUACAUCGCCGCCUUCAGCUCCGUCACCAUCUUCUGCACCUUCUUCACCCUGGCCACGUUCGUUGCCGACUGGAGGAACUCCAACCGCUACCCUGCCGUCAUCCUCUUCUACGUCAACGCCUGCUUCUUCGUGGGCAGCAUCGGCUGGUUGGCGCAGUUCAUGGAUGGCGCCCGCGACGAGAUCGUGUGCCGGGCCGACGGCACCAUGCGGCUGGGGGAACCCACCUCCAACGAGACGCUCUCCUGCGUCAUCAUCUUCGUCAUCGUUUACUACUCGCUGAUGUCGGGUGUCAUCUGGUUCGUGAUGCUGACCUACGCCUGGCACACCUCCUUCAAGGCGCUGGGCACCACCUACCAGCCGCUGCUGGGCAAGACCUCCUACUUCCACCUCAUCACCUGGUCCAUCCCCUUCGUCCUCACCGUGGCCAUCUUGGCCGUAGCGCAGGUGGAUGGUGACUCUGUCAGCGGCAUCUGCUUCGUGGGUUACAAGAACUACCGCUACCGGGCCGGUUUCGUCCUGGCGCCCAUCGGGCUCGUCCUCAUCGUGGGAGGCUAUUUCCUCAUCCGGGGUAGGUGGGGGCUUGCCCCUCAUCUGUGUCCCAGUGUCGCUGGGGUCUGGCUAAACGAGGGAUGUCCCACUUGUCUUCCAGGCAUCUUCGGCUUCUUGGCCUUCGGCUUCGUCUUCAUCACUUUUGGCUGCCACUUCUAUGACUUCUUCAACCAGGCGGAGUGGGAGCGCAGCUUUCGGGAAUAUGUCCUGUGCGAGGCCAACGUGACCAUCGCCACCCAGACCAACAAGCCCAUCCCGGACUGCGAGAUCAAGAACCGGCCGAGCCUGCUGGUGGAGAAGAUCAACCUCUUCGCCAUGUUCGGCACCGGUGUCUCCAUGAGCACCUGGGUCUGGACCAAGGCCACCCUGCUCAUCUGGAAGCGCACCUGGUGCAGGCUGACGGGGCAGAGCGAUGACCAACCCAAGAGGAUCAAGAAGAGCAAGAUGAUCGCCAAGGCCUUCUCCAAGCGCAAGGAGCUGCUGCGUGACCCGGGCCAGGAGUUGUCCUUCAGCAUGCACACCGUCUCGCACGACGGACCCGUGGCUGGCUUAGCGUUUGACAUCAACGAGCCGUCGGCCGAUGUGUCCUCGGCGUGGGCCCAGCACGUCACCAAGAUGGUGGCCAGGAGAGGGGCUAUCCUGCCCCAGGACAUCUCUGUGACACCCGUGGCGACGCCUG